CCCAUCUCUCUCUCCGUAGUCCCUCUCGCCGCAUCGCUUCUUAAACCUCGACGACAUCAUCGUCUGACUUCGCCCUCUUCUCUCUCGAAUUCCGAAAACAUGGCUCUUCCUAACCAGCAAACCGUAGAUUAUCCUAGCUUCAAGCUCGUCAUCGUUGGCGAUGGAGGCACAGGGAAAACAACUUUUGUGAAGAGACAUCUUACUGGGGAGUUUGAGAAGAAGUAUGAACCUACUAUUGGUGUGGAGGUUCAUCCUUUGGAUUUCUUCACAAACUGUGGCAAGAUCCGUUUUUACUGCUGGGAUACUGCUGGACAAGAGAAAUUUGGUGGCCUCAGGGAUGGAUACUACAUCCAUGGUCAAUGUGCCAUAAUAAUGUUUGACGUCACAGCAAGGCUCACAUACAAGAACGUUCCGACAUGGCACCGUGAUCUUUGCAGGGUGUGUGAAAACAUCCCGAUUGUUCUGUGUGGGAACAAAGUCGAUGUGAAGAACAGGCAAGUGAAGGCAAAGCAGGUCACAUUCCACAGGAAGAAGAAUCUGCAGUACUAUGAGAUAUCGGCAAAGAGUAACUACAACUUUGAGAAGCCUUUCUUGUACCUUGCUAGGAAACUGGCGGGAGACCCAAACCUUCACUUUGUCGAGUCACCAGCUCUUGCUCCACCAGAGGUUCACCUUGACAUUGCUGCUCAGCAGCAGAACGAGGCCGAUCUCGCAGCUGCCGCAGCUCAGCCUCUCCCCGAUGACGAUGAUGAUGCGUUUGAGUAAAUCUUCCAAAAUGUCUGCCAUGGUUUCCUCUAUUAUGCUGUUUUGAUUUUGACGUUACAUAUAAAUCAAUGGUCUAUUU